UUUACACCUUUGUCAGUUAUUUCUUUGAUAUUAUCAACAAAAUGUGGAAGAAUAAUCAAGUUGUUUUGUUUCUUUUGUAGUUUGCAGACUCUGAAUGAAGCGUUGGCCUCUGGGAAUAAAGAACAGAGUAAAGCAGCUCUGGAGAAACAGGUGCAAGAGGUGAAUGUUCAGAUGCAGAAGGAGAAGGAGGCGGAGCUUCAGGCUCAGCAGGCGGCGCGCAGCGCUGAACACGCCAGCGGAGGAGGAGGAGUCAAUAACAGAGGCUGGAAUGAAGAAGAUCUCCAGCUGCUCAUCAAAGCUGUCAACCUCUUUCCCGCCGGAACCAAUGCCAGGUGGGAGGUGAUCGCCAACUACAUGAACCAGCACUCCAGCAGCGGGGUGAAGAGAACCGCCAAAGACGUCAUUAAUAAAGCAAAAACACUGCAGAAACUUGAUCCUCACCAGAAAGAUGAGAUUAACCGAAAGGCCUUUGAGAAGUUUAAGAAGGAGCAUUCAGCCGUUCCUCCGACUGUAGACAACGCUGUGCCAUCAGAGAGAUUUGAUGCUGUAAGUGAAUCCAACUCUGCACCCUGGACCACAGAGGAGCAGAAGCUUCUGGAACAGGCUCUGAAGACCUACCCGGUCAACACACCUGAGCGCUGGGAGAAAAUCUCUGAGGCCGUUCCCGGACGCUCCAAGAAAGAUUGCAUGAAGAGAUACAAAGAGCUGGUGGAGAUGAUCAAGGCGAAGAAAGCCGCCCAGGAGCAGGUUUCUGCUAAAAACAAAAAAUGACAAACGUGCCGCAGGGAAAGAGAAAACACACAUACACACACACAUAAAACGUGGUCUUUUAACUUUAUUGUGUUGUUCUUUAUUUUAUAAUAAAAUAAACAUGGAAAAAAGCA